AUGCAGGUUACACUGGCGGAGAUGAAGAACAAUCACCGAUGCUCAGUGUUCGAUUAUGACUAUGAUGACAAGAUGAUGGAUAUCCUGUCUCCAGCUGGCUUUGUGCACGCAGUCUUUCAGGUACUUCAGAUUCGGCCAGGUGGCAGUUGCACCCUGGCCCCUGUCUGCUCGAGUUGGGUUUGGCUGUCGUCUUCAACCACAGGACGAAGCCGGACCAAGCCUUUGGGGGAUCCAUCGGUUCGCUGCCGACUGGCAGGCCACGGCUGGAUCGAAGGCCUCUAUGACUUCAAACCUAUCAGACUGCCCCGGCCAUCUACAGAGAGUCUUCCUUUGGUUCGGAAGUAUGUGGAUAAGAAAGGAGUUGCCAGAGUGGCUGGAGCAUCAGGGUUGAAAGCUUCUCAAGCUUACACACCACAGUUUGGCCGUGCUCUGGCACGCCUUCGACGUCGUCACCAGGCUGAGACCAAGAGCCAAGCUCGCAAGUUCCUGAAGGAGGCCAAGGAUGCGCAAGACCCUGAGCACCCUAAGCUCACCUGGCGCCUCAUGGGGAAGGAUAGCGCAGCUGGGAGGCAACCGAAGGUGGCUCCACCACCGACACGGCGGAGGUUUGUCACCAAGACCACACCAGAUGGGAGCCCAGGUUCAUCGUCAACCACUGCUACUUCUGGUGCGGCAUGCCGCACACCUUCUAUUCAAGGGCGUCUUUCGAUCAAGUCUCCGGUUCAGGAAACCGUGGACGCAGCGAUGGACAAGAACAGGAGGAACGAGCAGCGUGUGGAGAAGACAAAGGAAGGCAAGAGAAAGGGUGAGAAGAAAGAGAAAGACAAGAGUGUGAAGAAGCAUAAAGAAGAUCAGACAGAGAAGCGAGAGAAAGAGAAGGAGAUGGAGAAGGAAAAGGAGCGUGUGAAGGAAGAGCGCAGGAAAGCGAAGAAGGCAAGGGAGGAGGAGAAAGAGAAGGAGGCAAAGGCAGAGGCAAAGGAGAUGGUGAAGAAGCGAGAGAAGGAGAAGGAGAAGGAGAAGGAGAAGGAAAAGGUGGCCAAGCAGAAGGUGAAGGGCCAGGUGAAGGGGAAAGAGACAGAGAAGGUGGAGGAUAAGGAGAAAGGGAAGGAAAAGAAACGGAAGCAUGAGCACAAAGACAGCCCUGACGAGAGCUGCCGCAAGAAGCAGAAGGGCAAUGAGACAGGGAAGAAAAACAAGAAGAGCGAGAAGGACAAGAAGCGCAAGGACAAGGUGGACGUGGAGGAGGAAAAGGAAGAAAAGGAAGAAAAGGAGGAGGAAAAGGAGGAGGAAAAUGAGGAGCCAGGUGAUGCGAUGAUUGAGGAAGGUGAUGAUGCUGGUCUAGACAAUCUGACCCCAAGUGAGCUCGACUCUCUCAUUGAUGCCUUGUGUGUCCCUGAGACCGGUGCGCCAAGUGAUGUGGAAGAAGAAGAGGAAGAAGAAGAAGAAAGCGAGCAUGAGGGCGAGGGAGAAAACGAUGGUGAGGGUGAGGAUGGAAGUGAUGAUGGAGAUGAGGAAGACUCUAGUUCUGAGUCUUCUUCGGCGGUGGAGAUGCACGCAGAGUCUGAGGAGCUCGAGGAAGGUGAUGGUGAAGAUGAUCUUGAUGGGGAGAUGUUGACAGACCCUGAGGGCGAGGACAAAGCGGAGGAGAUCAAUGAUGCUUCCAAAAAGUCUGAGUGGGCUACAUUCACGCGGGAAUGCCAGAACAGGAAGAAGUUUCCUGUGGCUUUGUCUGACCACUUGCAGCGAGACAAACUGGACCUAUUCCAGGCCUGGCUCGACAACAGUAAGAACCUCAACGAGGUGGCGCUUGCGAUGGAGAGAAAGGUUGAGAAUGUCAACAGGGUUCGCGUGGGGCGGAGGGGGAAGAAGAAGCGCGAGCUUUUGCAGUGCUACCCGGCCGAGAAGGUCGACAAGCUGUGCGCUGCGCUUCAAGCAAAGAACAUGUACUACUGGGACCCAGAUUUCCCCAACGACGAAGAGGAAAUCUACUUCUAUGCCAACGAUGGCGCCACCGUCACCCACGACAACCUCACUUCGUCUGCGAUGACCAUGAAGGCCAAGGCAACCCCAGAUGCACAAACCCUGGCCGAUCUCACCCAGGACGGGGCUCCUUUGGCUUCUGGAGUGCUUCCAGACAUCCAAUCUGUGGGCGGCGAAGGAGUGAAGGCUGUGUGGCAAGGUGUGAGUGGUGGGCAGGUGGUCAAGUCUAAGUUGCCCAAGAAGAGGGAUGACCAAGAGGCUGUUGAGGUGAAGCCAAAGUCUGCAGAAGAGACCCUCGACUGUUUGCUCAACAAGUUUUGA